UUAUAUGCAGAGCAUCUCGUGAACAUUCGCACACUCUCCAUCGCCGCAUCUCUCGACACAGAGACCACAAAAGACACCAAGGCUGUGCUGGCUCCGGACGGCGCAUCACUUUUUCUAACACAUGAAGGCCACACAGCCAGGAUCGACCUACCAGUCUCAGUCCCGAGUGGUCACAACAAAGCGGCUUUUACUCUCCCGUCUGCCCCUACCAAGCAACUUAGCUUUCGAAUCCAGCUGGACGAGAAAUCUAGAGAUCACCCUGAGAAUGGCGAGGUGAAUCGUGUCGACGGCGACAUUGUUCCAUGGACCGCCGUCUCGUUGACCUCAGGUACUGAGCUAUGUUGCAAUUCAUGCAACGCCGUGCUGUUGGCGCGUGACAAGAUCCGAAUAUGGAAGGAUCUCCCAUCCGAAAACUGGGCAGAGAUGAUGGACUUCUGGCAUUGUCAUCGACCUGAUGUACCAAAAGACCACGAUCACAAGAUUCCACUGAAAGGCUACUCAGCAGAAAGUCGCCUUGCGAUACAAGCUGGCGUGGGAAUGGUGGAUCCGGUCGAUUUUGUGUUUGCUGCUGAUGAUUGC